CUCCACACAAAUAUUUCCCUAGUCAGCUCUGGGUUAGCGCUCACAUCACUUGUGGAUCCUGCAGAGACUCUUCACUGCCCAGUUCAACUCCGUGCAAUGAAGUCAGCAUAGCUUUCCUGUCAGCGCGGAGGGCAACCGGGCAAAUAGGAUAUAUAGGAAGCACUUACAUUAGUUGUGAGGAAACUCUGACAAAGAUGUCUUUAAAGGAAGGGGCCCACACAAAAUGGGGAGUUCUGAAACAGAAACUUGGGCCUCAAGACCCAGAACAGAUUGAGGGUAACAUGGAAAAUGCCGACCCAGAGCUAUGCAUCCGUCUCCUGCAAAUCCCUUCUGUCGUCAACUACUCUGGUCUUAAAAAGCGCCUUGAGAGCAGUGACGAUGAUUGGAUGGUGCAGUUCCUGGAACUUAGUGGACUGGAUCUUUUACUGGAGGCACUGGACAGACUUUCAGGGAGAGGUGUAGCCAGGAUUGCAGAUGCUCUCCUCCAACUUACCUGUAUCAACUGUGUCCGAACACUGAUGAAUUCACAUAGGGGCAUUGAAUACAUAGUCAACAAUGAAGGCUAUGUCAGAAAACUCUCUCAAGCUCUGGACACAUCCAAUGUGAUGGUAAAAAAACAAGUUUUUGAAUUGCUAGCCGCAUUAUGUAUCUACUCUCCAGAAGGUCAUGCCUUGUCUUUGGAUGCACUAGAGCAUUAUAAGGCUGUAAAGAAUCAACAGUACCGAUUCAGUGUCAUAAUGAAUGAAUUGUCCACAUCCGAUAAUGUUCCCUACAUGGUUACACUGCUAAGCGCCAUCAAUGCCAUUAUUUUUGGCACAGAAGAACUACGGAAGCGUGUACAACUCAGAAAUGAAUUCAUAGGCCUCCAGCUACUGGAUUUGUUAACCAAGCUAAGAGACUUGGAGGAUGAAGACCUGCUGAUCCAGGCUAUUGUGUUUGAGGAAGCAAAGUCAGAGGAUGAGGAAGAACUUCUCAAGAUUUAUGGAGGGAUUGAUAUGAACAACCAUCAGGAGGUGUUCUCCACAUUGUUUAAUAAAGUGAGCUGUUCACCAUUAUCAGUGCAGCUUCUAUCAGUCCUGCAGGGGCUCUUGCAUUUGGAUCAGUCUCACCCUUCCAGUCCUCUACUCUGGGAAGCCUUGGACAUUUUGGUCAACAGAGCUGUCUUGCUUGCAGAUGACUGCCAAAACAAUAACGUUGAAGAAGUCAUGGACAGACUCGUAACUUCAAAGAAACAUCCAAGUAAAGAAAAAAGAAAACCAGACAAAUGUACUAAUCAAGUGAAUAAAAGCAUUCAAACGGACAAACCCAAAGAUGAGUCCUGCGAAGAGAAAACUGUUAAAAAAGAUCCUGUGAGCUCUGGAAUCCCAGCAGACUCUCUUCAGUUAUCAGAUGCAUUACUGGCUCUUCCAGCUUGUGUUUCGCCACUACAUACCCCUUUAUCUGGAGACAUAACAUCCCCUUCCCAUUUCCCUUCUCCUCCUUCACCUGUAGUGUCUAAUGCUAUUGACAGAAUUAGUACAUCAUCCUCUCUACCCCCCCCUCUUCCUCCUCCAUUACCAGGUACUGAACUGUCUCUGCCACCACCCCCACCUCCUCCUCUUCCUGGUAUGGGUGGAAUAUCUCUGACUCCUCCACCUCCUCCCCCCCUGCCUGGCAUGGGGGGCAUGCUGCCUCCACCUCCUCCCCCCCUGCCUGGCAUGGGGGGCAUGCUGCCUCCACCUCCUCCCCCCCUGCCUGGCAUGGGGGGAAUGCUGCCUCCACCUCCACCCCCUCUGCCUGGAAUGGGGGGCAUGCUGCCUCCACCUCCACCCCCUCUGCCUGGAAUGGGUGGCAUGCCUCCACCUCCACCCCCUCUGCCUGGAAUGGGGGGCAUGCCUCCACCACCACCUCCUAUGUUUGGCAUGGGAACCUUCACAGAUGAAGUAGUGGUCGCUCGAGUGGAUUAUUCCUUAGGAUAUUUACCUAAAGCUUAUUUCAAGGUGAAUAAACCAACCUUGAAAAUGAAGAAACUUAAUUGGCAAAAACUUCCACCAAAUGUAAUCAACGAUACUCAUUCGAUGUGGGCAUCAGCAAGUUCCAGUAAUGACACACCAGAGCCCAACUACUCCAGUAUAGAACAACUGUUUUGCCUCCCACAGGCAGUUGCAAAGGAACCUGCUGCCCCAGUAAAGAAACCCCCAAAAGAGAUUUCCUUCUUAGACUCCAAGAAAAAUCUCAACUUGAACAUAUUUUUGAAACAAUUUAAAUGCCCCAAUGAGGAAGUAAUUCAGCUAAUUGAGAAAGGAGAUCGUUCCAGAUUUGACAUUGAGAUACUUAAACAGUUUCUCAAGCUGCUUCCAGAAAAACACGAGGUGGAAAACCUGAAAUCCUACCAGGAAGACAAAGCCAAAUUAUCAAAUGCUGACCAAUUUUAUCUACUUCUCUUGGGCAUUCCUUGCUAUCAGCUUCGAAUUGAGUGUAUGCUGAUUUGUGAAGAAGUAAACCUGAUGACUGAUGUGCUUCGUCCCAAAGCAAAAGUAGUUAGCAGUGCAUGUGAUGAUAUUAUAAGCAGCCACAGGCUUCCUCUCUUCUGCCAGCUAAUCCUGAAAGUCGGAAACUUUUUAAACUAUGGAAGUCACACUGGAAAUGCAAAUGGGUUCAAAAUCGGCACUUUAUUGAAACUGACGGAAACUAAAGCCAAUCAGAAUCGCAUUACCUUGUUGCACCAUAUUCUAGAGGAGAUUGAGCAAAAUCACACAGACCUUCUCCAACUUCCAAGUGACCUUGAAAAUGUAUCCACUGCAGCAGGCAUUAAUAUUGAGAAUAUGUACUCAGAAACAAGUGGAAAUUUAAAGAAAUUAAGAGAUCUGCAGAAUAAAAUUUCUACAGCAGCAACAGAUGUCAAGGAUCAGUACGAGAAAUCCAUUCAGGAGUGCAUGGACGCUUUGAAAGAAGUAGAAGAACAGCUGACAGAUAUUACUCAAAAAAAGGUGAAACUCGCUGAUUACUUAUGUGAAGAUUCAGCCAAGUUGUCCUUGGAAGAAACAUUCAGCACUAUGAAAGCUUUCAGGGACCUGUUUCUCAAAGCCAAGAAGGACAAUAAAGAUAGAAAAGAGCAGGCUGUUAAGGCUGAAAAAAGAAAAAAACAGCUGGCCGACGAAGAAGCCAAAAGACAAAAGGGCGAGAAUGGAAAAAUAAUUCGGAAGGGAGCUGCCAAGCUGGAAGAAGGCUGUAUCAUUGAUGCUUUGUUGGCUGACAUAAAGAAAGGGUUCCAGUUGCGCAAAACUGCUAAAACCAAGACGGAAGCUGACUCUUGUCCAAAACCCGUAAGCAGUGAGACAACUGGAACAGAUGGCACAGAUGUUAAACAUGUUGACCAUGUUGGAAUUCUACCACAAAUAAAACUAGAUUCCAGUUUAAACCUGGAUGGAACAGAACAACACAAAUCCAAGUCCAAAGACAAUUGUGGUGAAAACUUUGACAAUAAACCAGUCGUGAUUGCACCUAUUAAUCUAGACACAAGUGCCUGUUUAAUGAAUAUAUCUGAGCAAAAUGCAAAACUUCCAGUCUCUGCACUUCAAGAAGGUGCUAAUUUAAAGCAAAAUCCUGAUACAUUUGUUAAAGAGCAAAGUGCUAUCGUGACAACAGAGAGUUCUACCCAUAACAAUAUAGAUGGUAGCUCAGUGGAUAAAUGCACAUUAGGUCAAAGUCAAUGGCCUUCAGAGAUCAGUGAUGAAGUAGACUCAAAGUACCAUGAAAUGCCCAUGCAGGUGGAACACAAGGAAAGAGCUGUGGAGGGCAAAUGUUCCCUGCCAAAACCCAGUGUUUUGGGUACAGAAUCUUCAUCCAACCAGAAUAAUGCACUGAAUGAGGGAUCACAGCAGCAUCACAAUAAUACUGCUAAUGAAAGCUUACAGCAAGCUCAGAACAGUGCACUGAGUGAAGCAUCCCAGCAGUCUUGCUGUCAUACAGGAAUUAAGGGUUCACCACAGUUUCAGAGCAGUGCACUGAAUGCAGACUCCCAGCCCUCUCACACUAGUGUAGUCGGAUCAGCACAGGCUCAGAGAAACGAAUUGGAUGAUGUUGCACUACAGACUCGGGAUACUACAGUGACUGAAGGCUCACAAGUUGAGGAAGAUAAAUGUAAUGAUGAAGGUUAUCCAGAACAUAAAACCAUGGGUGAACACCCACUAAAUAGUUCAUCACAUUCCACCACACUGCAGCAGUCCUCUGAGGAUGGGCAAAAGGUUAAAAGAGGAUCUUCUAAACAUAAAAAGAAAAGGAGGAGUUCUAAACACGGAGAAGAGGAUGGAGUUGAUUCUCCCACUCAUAAAACAAGAGGUUGUGUGGUGCAGUAAGGUGUACGAACAAACAAGAUGGCCAAGAAAUGAACCAAGCAGAAGACACAUUGCCAACAGCUUUUGCCUAACUUGCUUUUCUAUAGCAACCUGCACAAUAAUUGAUGCCUGAUAUACGUCUGUUGUAGGACUCUACAUCGGGGUAUUUAUCACUACAUUAAAAAAAAAAAAAAUUCAACAUAAUAUAUAUAAAAAAUAUAUAUAUAUUGAUUUUGUAUCUGGUGAUAUGACAAGAAAAUUUGCCUGAAAGUUCACCUUUACAACCAUAUAGGAUAUAGAUAAAUUGAGCAAGAUGUGUAUGCAGCGUGUCUCAGGCACCCUAUCCAGCCUGCAAGCACUGUGUCUAUUCACUAUUCACUGGUCAGUAAAUUGAUACACUAAAUUAUCCCCAGGAGUGAACAUUUUGUAUAAAAAAUAAUACUCAGGUUGUUAUUUGGUGAUUGUUAGAGAGGAACUGCUUCCAUGAGCUUAUCCAGCCAGGCUUGUGCACACAGUAUGCUUCCCUGUUGGUUAAUGUUCUCCCUCUCAUAUUUGACAGCAUUUUGCAUAUAUAGUUGCAAAGUUUAUCUGCAGUUUAUUAAUGCAGUUUGUAUUUGAUGGUCCUCUACAGAGGAAAUCCAUCUUUAAAAUAGUAUGAUUUAGGUGAGCCUUUAUUUUUUGUUUUUUUAGUUUGUAUAUUUUGUAUUGAUGCCAUUAACAAGCAAAAAGAUUGACUAUGAGGGUUCUGUUAUUCUGUUGUUUUUUUUUCUUAGCUUACAUUUCAGGCCCUCUCCUAUUUAUCUUUUACUAUAAUUCCAAACAAUAUGGGCACUAGGAUAAUGAAA